UUUACGUAGUUAGUGAAUGGCAAAGCUUGAAUUCCAGUCUUGGCAAUCUGAACCACUAUUUUAAAAUGGAGUAUUAACAAAGCACACAGAGUGAGAAAACUUAUAGCGAGGGGACAUUAGAGACCAAGGGAAUAUCUUGAGGGGGGCAGUGAGGGGGAGACCGGGGACUGCAUUUAAAACAAUUACCAAUGGGCUAAAUAUAGUUAUGUUGUAUUAACGGUCAGAGCGCUUUGUAUUUAUUAGAUCAUUUAAUUCCGCUAACAAUUCUGUGAGGACAAUUUUCAGACGAGGACACUUGAUAGGUGAUAAACGAUACCUUCUCUUCUUGCACUGAGAUACAUCUCAAUAGCUGGCUCUGGAGCAAGAUGAGGAAGACUGAAGGAGACUUGGCAACAGAACGGACCACGGCAAGGUAAGCAAGUUGAAAACGAGAAAUGCAGGAAGUUUCCUAUUUAGGCAGAGGCUACUUCCAGCUUUCAAAUCUCCCCAGCCGGCCCGCCAAGGCGUCACAAAGCCCGCCCCCCAGUCACAAAGCCACGCCCCCUUCCGUGGCCGUUCUCUGAGCUCCCAAUACUUCCCUCCUUCUCUCUGACUCCUCCCACUCCGCCCAGCAUCAUUUCCUGUGCGCUGGGUGCUGAUUGGUUCAGCGCUCGGAAGUGAGGGCGGGCGGUGGGGCCGUUGCCGCAGUGACAGUGCUGGGGGAGUCCGAAGAUGGCGGCGUCGCGUCGCUCUCAGCAUCAUCACCACCAUCAUCAACAACAGCUCCAGCCCGCCCCAGGGGCUUCGGCGCCGCCGCCGCCACCUCCCCCGCCCCUCAGCCCCGGCCUGGCCCCCGGGACCACCCCAGCCUCCCCCACGGCGGGUGGCCUGGCCCCCUUCGCGUCCCCGCGGCACGGCCUAGCGCUGCCGGAGGGGGAUGGCAGUCGGGAUCCGCCCGACAGGCCCCGAUCCCCGGACCCGGUUGACAGUACCAGCUGUUGCAGUACCACCAGCACAAUCUGUACCGUCGCCGCCGCUCCCGUGGUCCCGGCGGUUUCUGCUGCAUCUGCCGUCGGGGUCGCUCCCAACCCAGCCGGCAGUGGUAGUAACAAUUCACCGUCGUCCUCUUCUUCCCCGACUUCUUCCUCCUCUUCCUCUCCAUCCUCCCCUGGAUCCAGCUUGGCGGAGAGCCCCGAGGCGGCCGGAGUUAGCGCCCCAGCAACCUUGGGGCCUGGGACCGCGGGACCUGGGCCAGGGGUCCCGGCAGUGAGCGGGGCCCUACGGGAACUGUUGGAGGCCUGUCGCAAUGGGGACGUGUCCCGGGUAAAGAGGCUGGUGGACGCGGCAAACGUGAAUGCUAAGGACAUGGCCGGCCGGAAGUCUUCUCCCCUGCACUUCGCUGCAGGUUUUGGAAGGAAGGAUGUUGUAGAACACUUACUACAGAUGGGUGCUAAUGUUCAUGCUCGUGACGAUGGCGGUCUCAUCCCACUUCAUAAUGCCUGUUCUUUUGGCCAUGCUGAAGUUGUGAGUCUGUUACUGUGCCAAGGAGCCGAUCCGAAUGCCAGGGAUAACUGGAACUAUACCCCUCUGCAUGAAGCUGCUAUUAAAGGGAAAAUCGAUGUAUGUAUUGUGCUGCUGCAGCACGGAGCGGAUCCGAACAUUCGGAACACUGACGGGAAGUCAGCCCUGGACCUGGCCGACCCCUCAGCCAAAGCUGUCCUCACAGGUGAAUACAAGAAAGACGAACUCCUAGAAGCUGCUAGGAGUGGUAAUGAAGAAAAACUAAUGGCUUUACUGACUCCUCUAAAUGUGAAUUGCCAUGCAAGUGAUGGGCGAAAGUCUACUCCUUUACACCUGGCUGCAGGCUACAACAGAGUUCGGAUAGUUCAGCUUCUUCUGCAGCAUGGUGCUGAUGUUCAUGCUAAAGACAAAGGUGGACUUGUACCUCUUCAUAAUGCAUGUUCGUAUGGACAUUAUGAAGUUACAGAACUGCUACUAAAGCAUGGAGCUUGUGUUAAUGCCAUGGAUCUCUGGCAGUUUACUCCACUUCAUGAGGCUGCUUCCAAGAAUCGUGUAGAAGUCUGCUCUUUGUUACUUAGCCAUGGUGCCGAUCCUACAUUAGUCAACUGCCAUGGCAAAAGUGCUGUGGAUAUGGCUCCAACGCCUGAGCUCCGGGAGAGACUGACUUAUGAGUUUAAAGGUCAUUCUUUACUACAAGCAGCCAGAGAAGCAGACCUAGCCAAAGUUAAAAAAACACUUGCUUUGGAAAUCAUUAAUUUCAAACAGCCACAGUCUCAUGAAACUGCCCUGCACUGUGCUGUGGCCUCUCUGCACCCCAAACGAAAACAAGUGACAGAAUUGUUACUUAGAAAAGGAGCAAAUGUUAAUGAAAAAAAUAAAGAUUUCAUGACUCCCCUGCAUGUGGCAGCAGAAAGAGCUCACAAUGAUGUCAUGGAAGUGCUGCAUAAGCAUGGAGCAAAGAUGAACGCGUUGGACACUCUUGGUCAGACUGCUUUGCACAGAGCUGCCCUAGCGGGUCACCUGCAGACCUGCCGCCUCCUGCUGAGUUACGGCUCAGACCCCUCCAUCAUCUCCUUACAAGGCUUUACAGCAGCGCAGAUGGGAAACGAAGCAGUGCAGCAGAUUCUGAGCGAAAGUACACCUAUACGCACUUCUGAUGUUGACUAUCGACUCUUAGAGGCAUCGAAAGCUGGAGACUUAGAAACUGUGAAGCAACUUUGCAGCCCUCAGAAUGUGAAUUGCAGAGACCUCGAGGGCCGGCAUUCUACGCCCUUACACUUUGCAGCAGGCUAUAAUCGCGUGUCUGUCGUGGAGUACCUGCUCCACCAUGGGGCCGAUGUCCAUGCCAAAGACAAAGGUGGCUUGGUACCCCUUCAUAAUGCUUGUUCAUACGGACACUAUGAGGUGGCUGAGCUUUUAGUAAGGCACGGGGCUUCUGUCAAUGUGGCGGACUUGUGGAAAUUUACCCCUCUACAUGAAGCAGCAGCUAAAGGAAAAUAUGAAAUCUGCAAGCUCCUUUUAAAACAUGGAGCAGAUCCAACUAAAAAGAACAGAGAUGGAAAUACACCUUUAGAUUUGGUGAAAGAAGGAGACACAGAUAUUCAGGACUUGCUGAGAGGAGAUGCUGCCUUGUUGGACGCUGCCAAGAAGGGCUGCCUCGCCAGAGUGCAGAAGCUCUGUACCCCAGAGAAUAUCAACUGCAGAGACACCCAGGGCAGAAACUCAACCCCUCUGCACCUGGCAGCAGGCUACAACAACCUGGAAGUAGCUGAAUAUCUUCUAGAGCAUGGAGCCGAUGUUAAUGCCCAAGAUAAAGGUGGUUUAAUUCCUCUUCACAAUGCAGCAUCUUAUGGGCAUGUGGACAUAGCAGCAUUGUUGAUAAAAUACAACACAUGUGUAAAUGCAACAGAUAAGUGGGCAUUUACUCCUCUUCAUGAAGCAGCCCAAAAAGGAAGGACACAGUUAUGUGCUCUACUCCUAGCACAUGGUGCAGAUCCAACCAUGAAGAACCAGGAAGGUCAGACACCUUUAGAUCUGGCAACAGCUGACGAUAUCAGAGCUUUGCUGAUAGAUGCCAUGCCCCCAGAGGCCUUACCCACCUGUUUCAAACCUCAGGCUACCGUGGUGAGUGCCUCUCUGAUCUCACCAGCAUCCACCCCUUCCUGCCUGUCCGCCGCCAGCAGCAUCGAUAACCUCACUGGCCCUUUAGCAGAACUGGCAGUUGGAGGAGCGUCCAACACAGGGGAUGGUGCAGCGGGCACAGAAAGGAAGGAAGGAGAAGUUGCGGGUCUUGACAUGAAUAUCAGCCAGUUCCUGAAAAGCCUGGGUCUUGAACACCUUCGGGACAUCUUUGAAACAGAACAGAUUACUCUAGAUGUAUUGGCUGAUAUGGGUCAUGAAGAGUUGAAAGAAAUAGGCAUUAAUGCAUAUGGACACCGCCACAAAUUAAUCAAAGGAGUGGAAAGACUGUUAGGUGGGCAACAAGGCACCAAUCCUUAUUUGACUUUUCACUGUGUUAAUCAGGGAACUAUUUUGCUGGAUCUUGCUCCAGAAGAUAAGGAAUAUCAGUCAGUAGAAGAAGAGAUGCAAAGUACAAUUCGAGAACACAGAGAUGGUGGUAACGCUGGCGGCAUCUUCAACAGAUAUAAUGUCAUUCGAAUUCAAAAAGUUGUCAACAAGAAGUUAAGGGAGCGGUUCUGUCACAGACAAAAGGAAGUAUCUGAGGAGAAUCAUAACCAUCACAAUGAGCGCAUGCUAUUUCAUGGUUCUCCUUUCAUUAAUGCCAUUAUUCAUAAAGGGUUUGAUGAGCGACAUGCUUACAUAGGAGGAAUGUUUGGUGCUGGGAUUUAUUUUGCUGAAAACUCCUCUAAAAGCAACCAGUAUGUUUAUGGAAUUGGAGGAGGAACAGGCUGCCCCACGCACAAAGAUCGGUCGUGUUAUAUAUGUCACAGACAAAUGCUUUUCUGUAGAGUGACCCUUGGAAAAUCCUUUCUACAAUUCAGCACCAUGAAAAUGGCUCAUGCCCCUCCAGGACAUCACUCAGUUAUCGGGAGACCAAGUGUGAAUGGGCUGGCAUAUGCUGAGUAUGUCAUCUACAGAGGAGAACAGGCAUACCCAGAGUAUCUCAUCACAUACCAGAUCAUGAAGCCGGAAGCUCCUUCCCAGACCGCAACAGCCGCAGAGCAGAAGACCUAGUGAAUGCCCACUGGUGAAGGCCAGGUCGGAUUAGAAGCUGGGACUGGAUUACAGUGGAUUGUUUCCAACAAAAUCAAUAUUCUCGAAAUCCCUGACAGCCUAGAAAUAAGCUGUUUGUCUUUUAUAAAGCAUUGCUAUAGUGAUGAAAAUAGUAUGAGUAACUGAUACAUACUCAACUGCUACUGUUCCCUUUGAGGAAAUGUUUACAGGGGCGGCCUUUGAACAUAUCUCAGGCUCAUUUUCAUUGCAGUUAUCCAUUUCUGAAACAAGAUUGCUUUGAUCUAGACUUGGAAAUGGAAAAAAAGAAGACAUAACCAGUGCUUUCCCAGAUGUUCACAAUUCACACACUACAUUUGCUUUGUUAUAUAUGGCGCUUGUAUAGAACAAAUAUACACAUACUACAGGCUCGUUUUUAGUUUUGUCUAAACAUGCAUCAUUGGCUUUUUUUCCCUUUUUUUGGCUUACUUUGAAAAUGAGCCAGAGCCUUCUUGAGGACAUUUUGCACAAAGUCACACUGACUAAAAUCAUUAGCAAUGCAACCCAAGCUUCUGGCUGAGCAAGACUUAGUUUCCGCUUUUUUUUCACUUCAUUUUGUAGCCGCACUUAUCAACGUAAAGUGAGAUGGAAAGGAAAAACAUCAACUUUUGGUUUCUUUUUGUGAAUUGGCCAGUCUUACAAGGGAAAGGCAGAAACGUGAACCUGACUUAGGAGCUCCCAAGUUCAGAAAAGUCAAAGCCGACGGGGGCCACUUGCUCUUUCCCAUACAAGCCCGCUUCAGAGGCGUCAGGUCAGUGCUGGAGGCCCAGGAAGAGCACAGCAGGAAAGGUGUGAGGGAUGCCGGUGACGUUUGGAGGUGAAACACCCGGGGGGCUGCGGAGGAGCCUCGAGAGGACGUGAGGAGCGUGUGGUUCUAUAAAACCGCAGCAGGGAAGGAUUGCGGGAGCUCCUCAGAGAAAAACGCUUCUCUUCACUUAAUCCGUACCACCAGAAUUGUCGCCCCCAAAAUUUGCCUUAUUUCCAAGUUCAGUGGAAUCAUUGUACUUCAUUAAAGUUACAAAAAUAUUGCUUUAUUGUUUCUCUAGUUUGGAAAGCUAGGAUUCAAGUCCUAUUUAGGAGAUAGGUAUACACAAAGGCAGGAACUUUUUUGUUUAUUCAGUUGGGGUUUAUUUUGAGCGAGGUGCUUCAAAUAGUUUAUGUAGGCCCCUGCACUAAACUUGUGAACCAUUUCUUCAAACUGCUUAAGAGACAAGGAGAACAAAAAGUGAAACCAAAGCUCCUUCAGUUAUUUUUUAAAUGAAGGUGAAGUACCAUGCUGUUUCUUCGUGAAACAGUGUUUUUUCUUUUGUUUGUUUUGAUCACCAUUUGCCAAGUGCACAUUGACCCUGUAAAGAAGUAUCCCUUGCAGUCCUUACACUUGCCCUUUUCACCUUAACUGAUGUUGAAUUGAGUGCAUUAAUUUGUUUACUUCCACAUGCUGUGCAUCUACUCAGCUUUGAAGCAAAAGUAAUAUAAAUGUGGUGAAAAAAAGAAAAAACAGUGUGACACAAACUUGCCAUUUCAACUUAAAGUCCUGAAAACUAAUUUGUUCCGUUUUUUAAUGCAGGUUGAUUAAGCUGUGACCUCAUUUAAUCUCCUAAAGAAAAAUAAAAUGGUUACAUGCAAAAAUUCUAGACUAGGCUCUUAACAUAUUCAGUUUGCUUUCUUUGGGGCUUCAGUCAAUGCUAGACCUAGGCAUCGGGAGCUGGUUUGAGUUUUAUAGCUGAAUCUUGCAUGGGUCCUCAAAAUUAAAUCAAGAAUUAGCCUCAGUUUUUGCUUCUAUUGAAGUUUUAGUGACCCAAGCUGGGUGUUUGUGUCUUGGCUACUUGUUUAAUAGCACUAGAAUUCCAUGCGAAGCUGCGAAGUGUGAUGUUCAUUAAGAGGGCUUUUUUCCUCCUUUCCUUCUUUUUUGCUGUGUGUAACAAUGGGUUGAAGGAUUUGGCAUCUCUGUAGUUACCAGUAGCUGUGAAAGUGUAUGUUACUUGCCUCCCCACUUAGAUAUAGUUUAAAAUGGUAAACACAGCUGUGAUUUUUACUUAUGUAAAAGGUUAAUACGGUAUAGAUAUGGAAAGCUUUAAAGCUUCAUUAAAAAGAUAAGCCACUCCCCGACUGUGGUUAUAUGUUGUUUCCAUCAUCCUGACUAGAUUAAUGGACAUGCCAGUUUUAAACUUCAGCCUUACACUUGAGAAGUUAAACUGUGGUUCAAUAUUUAAACUGCCAAUGUUAUGUAUCUAAUCUGUUAUGUUCUGUGUGCCGAGUAAAGGUACUGUGUAAGGAAGACA